CUGUAUUUAAUAGAAAAGUAAAUACAGAAGCCAUUGUUCCUGACCAGUUCCUGAUGGAGAUUUCAGCUACCACAGAAGACUACUAUACAACCACAGAAUUUGACUAUGGAGACUCCACCCCAUGCCAAAAGGCUGCUGUAAGAGCCUUAGGGGCUGGACUCCUACCCCCCCUGUACUCCCUGGUGUUCAUCAUUGGAGUGAUAGGCAAUGUUCUGGUGGUUCUGGUGCUCAUGCAGUACAGGAGGCUUCGAAGCAUGACCAGCAUCUACCUGUUCAACCUGGCCAUCUCUGAUCUGGUCUUCCUUUUCACUUUGCCUUUCUGGAUUGACUACAAGCUGAAAGACAACUGGGUUUUUGGUGAUGCCAUGUGUAAGCUCCUCUCUGGGUUUUAUUACCUGGGCUUAUACAGUGAGAUAUUCUUUAUCAUCCUGCUGACAAUUGACAGGUACCUGGCCAUUGUUCAUGCAGUUUUUGCCCUGAGGGCCCGGACUGUCACUUUUGGCAUCAUCACCAGCAUCAUCACCUGGGUCCUAGCCAUCUUGGCCUCCAUUCCUGGCUUAUACUUUUUCAAAGUCCAGUGGGAAGCCACUCACAAUACCUGUAGCCCUCAUUUCCCCUAUGAGAGCCUGAAGCAGUGGAAGCGGUUUCAGGCUCUGAAGCUGAACCUCCUUGGGCUAAUUUUGCCUCUGCUAGUCAUGAUCAUCUGCUACACAGGCAUCAUCAGCAUUCUGCAAAGACGACCCAGUGAAAAGAAGGCCAAAGCCGUGCGCCUGAUAUUUGCUAUCACGCUUCUCUUCUUCCUCCUCUGGACCCCCUAUAAUCUGACUGUAUUUGUUUCUGCUUUCCAAGAUGUUCUAUUCACCAAUCCAUGUGAGCAGAGCAAACAGCUGGACCUGGCCAUGCAGGUGACCGAGGUGAUUGCUUACACUCACUGCUGUGUCAACCCAGUCAUUUACGUCUUUGUGGGUGAGCGGUUCCGGAAGUACCUCCGGCAACUGUUUCAAAAACAUAUGGCUGUACCCCUGGCAAAAUGGCUGCCCUCCCAUUUUGUGGACCAACCAGAAAGGGCCAGUUCCAUAUCUCCAUCCACAGGAGAGCAUGAGCUCUCUGCUGGCUUCUGAUUCAGACCCCUGAGUGUCAACCAAGGUCUAGGAGAGAGUGAGGAGGUAGUACAUGGCUCUCCAAGACAGAUACUGGCAGCUGUCACAACGAGGAUUCACAAUCUUGUAGGGUGAGAGGGAACUUAAAGGUGGCUUAGGUAUAAGCCAUCUCUUUAAUUUAACUUUCCUUGAAUGUCUCUCUGUUGAAAAGUAGAUGAAUGAAAAAGUAGGAUGUUCCAGAGACUAGGAUAAUGGAUACCAAUGAAGGGCUUGGGCCCAAUAAGAAUUAGGAUCUGUGGUCAUUAACAAACAGAGCUGAACUGAACUUUUACUGAAUCCCACUCCUAAUGAUGUGAUAUUCUGAAAAAAAAAUCAAGAAAGUAUUGUAAUAGAAAAGAAUUUUGCAUACUUGUAUAUUGACAUACAUUAUAAAGCAUAAGAUGUUAUAUCAAAAAUUUAAACUGUAACAAACUGAAGUUAAUUUAUCCAGUUAUUUUAAAUAAUUAGCAAAGAUACAAAUAGAUUACAGAAUAAAUGCAGUAGCAUUAGUAUACAAAUACUGACCACAAGGAAAUAACAAUAAAAAUACAUAGUUCUUUUGGUUGCUAAAAUUGGUGAAGAAAUAUUAUUUCAUUUUGUUAAUGAAAAUGCAUAGUACAGGAGCAAAUAUGGCAAAAACAGUCACAGACAUGUGGUUUGAAACAAAUGUACAUUAGCGAAGUAUUUCUAAAAAACAAUUUAAAAAGUUCAAUAUUACUAAAAAGCUAAGUAGUCCAUUUUAUGGUAAUAUUAGCAGA